UUAUAUUUAAAUAUAUAUACAUACAUAUGUACAAUGUAUAUUGAGUUAAGAAGUAUAACCGGCAAGAGCGGCUGUGAAUGAGAGGAAAAGUGUUGGAGACAAACGUGCUUCAGGUUCGUGUGUUCACGGAUGUCAGGUGCAUUAAAUGACUAAAGUGCAGUUACUUUUUUUUAAAAAUUAUAUUCAUAAAUUUCACGGUUAGUUUUUUUGCUUACAUAUUUUUUGGCCGGGUUUUAAAAAAAGUUUCGCGGAUGCGCCAGUGAUAAAGAAGAAGGUGAUAUACUAGUAUUUUAACUUUCAUUUCUUUAGUAUACGUAAAUAUAUAUGUACAUAUAUAUUUACGCAUGAUGGAAAAUUUUUAAGACAAUUUCAUUCGGUGGAUUAAGUGCAACUGCCGAUUUAAAACUCGGUACUGACUGGUUAAUUAUAUACAUGAAUAUAUGAAUUUAUGUUACAUAUUUAAAUAGUAUGUACAUGUUUUAAAUAGACGAUAAUAUUUAUUAAACAUGGAGACAAUGUGCGGCUGACUUUAUAAAUAAAGUAGUAAAUAAAAGUAGUAAGUGUCUAGUGAAGUAGAAAAAGUCGACGUAUGUCAGUGCUAGUAGAUACGGCCGGGUCUGACCGUGUAUUAUAAUGUGUACAGUUGCACGUAGUGAGUUGAUGUAAGUCGGUAUUGCAUUGGUGUAUAAAUAUAUAUAUAUAUAUUUACUGUAUUACAGUGAAUUUUCGCAGUGUUCUGGCUCUGGGUGUCUGACUCUACUGUCCGUAUCUACUGUCUUACCGACCGGUUGUUUGUUGGCUGAUAUCACGAUCGGCUGAUAACUCACGGGAUCUUUCCACUAGUUUGCUCCACUUGGGGUGCCAACCAAAAAACACUUUAUAAUUUAUUUAAACAAUUAACUUUUGUAUGUAUGGUAAUUUUAAAUUAUUAAUUUUAUUUAUUGAAGACCGAUGACCGACAAGUAAUUGAUUAAAAAAGUAAAUUUAUAGAUGAUGGAUUGAUUAAUUGGAGUGAAAAAUUAAAAUGAACAAAGUCCGUGUUUAAAUAAAUUUAAAAAAAUAAAAAUCUUGACUAAGUGACAUUGUGUCGGCGAAUCUUUCCAAGUCCAGUUGCAAUCUGGCGUAAAAAAAAUAUUUAAAAAUAAGUAAGAGAAGAGUGAAGAGAAAAAAAAAAUAAACGUACUCUCAAUCGUCUUAACGAUCACCGGGCAGUGCUUGAGAGCCGAGUUGGCGAACUUGUAGCAGUUUUAUUUUUUAUUUUAUUUUUUAAAACUCUUUCACAUUCGCUAUCUUUGUCUAGUGAGUUGUGUUGGACGAUACUUUUUCGCCGGGAGCUAUUGCGACAUAAAGGCUCGCCUGUGAAUUUUAGUUGGUGGAUAAAAAAAAUAAAGACAGCGAAUAGCUAACGGUGAGGAGGGAAAAAAAGAAUAGGAAGAAAGAAAAAUAUAAAAAAAUUAUAUAUGGAUGUAUAUAUAUUUGGAUGUAUGGCUAGUGGUUAUAUAUAAAGAGUUUGGAGUGGGAUAAAGGCCAGGCUACAGUGGGCUUACAGCAAUGACCUUCGAGACUACGAGGCCGUUAAAAUCAUUGGGUUUCCGCGUGGAACACAAGAUUAGGACGAUAGUCAACAGCAAAAGAUCCAACGAUUCAUAGUCGAUGUGAGGCCUCGUCUAACAGACGUAUCUCCAUCGCGGAGAUAAAUAUAUUUUAACUGAGAGGUGUCCAAGCUGCUGAUUUUUAGUUUUUUUUUUUUUUUUUACUUUUUUUUUGUUUAUUUAUUUUUAUAAAUUUUUAUUUUGGCAAGAAAAUUGACGGCUAAGUUGGAUUAAGGGAGUGACGGUUGCACCUCUCGAAGGCUGAAUCCUUUGGUACCUCGUGGUAUGAACGAAGAGAUUCCUUUGGCAUAUCAUCUUGAUCGAGACCGUUCCUCGGCAACCUCUAUGGAAUACUGCGCCGAAGAAUAGUAUGUACCCGCCUUUUAAAAACCGGUUUCGUUCAGCUUCGUGAAACUCGCGUUUACAUUGGUCGCGUUGUGGGAAGAAGCAUGAGUCUGAAAAUAAUAAUAAUAAUGACGAUGAUGAUGAUGAUAAAAAAAUAAUAUUUUUAAAAAACUGAAUUUACGCAAGGACACACACUCAACAGUCUCUCUCGUUAAUGUUAAUAGCAAUCGAGAAGGAAGAAUAGCGGACAGAGAAACUCUUUUGCGCCGAAUAAAGUCGACACAAGUGAUCAUAAUAAUAAUAACAGUAUCAUCAAUAAAAAAGGAAAUAAAACCGAGAGAGAAAGAAGAAGAACGAUUAAUUUUUUUCUCAUCAUCGAGAAGAUUGUAAAAAGUUUGGAAUUUUUUAACGUUGAAAGUGAUUUGAUUGAGUGUCGACGUGUGUCUUGGAGGUUGUCUAUUGAGUUGCCUUCUGGUGGAUGCCUGUAUACGUGAUAGAAUUCACCGAACGCCAAAUAAAAAUAAAAAAAAAAUAUAUUAAUAUAUAAAUAUAUAUAUAAGUAAUAUAAAUAAUAAAAAAAUAAUAGUGAUAACGCAAUGACAAUGGAGCUGAAUUGUUUAAGUGAAGCUCAAGAUUUAUUUGGAGGUGGCCAACGUAGCGUUGAUCGUUGCAAAACUUAAUAUAUAUGUAUAUAAAUGUAUGUAUAUAUUAUAGUUUAAUAUAAUAUCUAAUGAUCAGUUAUAUUGUCUUGGUUAGUGAUGAAGCAGACGGCGAAUUCGCCUACAACUGCCCAAGUGCAGUCAUUAGUUUUAAUCGGAAGAAUACGACAAGAUCUUUAUCGGCGUUCAGCUGAAUCCGAUUCAGUUAUUGUCGAGGAUCACAAUUCUUCUUCAAAUAGGUCAUUAAUAUCAUCAUCGGAGAUUAAAGACCACCAGCACGGUAAUUCACCUAAAAAAGAUGAACAGCAGCAUCAAAACGAUUCAAAAGUUAAAACACCACCGGGAAUGUCGAGGAUUCUAGAAGUUGAUGCAGAUAAUUAUAUGCUGCGCAAAGGUUCCUCCUCGUCAAGUGGUACCACCAACAACGGUGUUGUUGUCACCUCAGCAACCACCAGCGGGCCGAUGUCCUCGGUGGUACCAAAUCUCGUGACAACGAGUGCCGCCACGAGCAAUAACCCAUCCAAUAAUAUAGUGACCGGUGUAGUUAUUGGACUACAGUCCGAGCACAGCCAGUCACGUUUUAAUUUCAAUACCACCAACAAUCUCAAUAACAAUAAUAAUAACAAUAAUUACAACAAUAAUUGGCAAACAAAUAGUUCUAGCGCUUACUCUACCUCCUUGGAUGUAACAGGAACACCGGAUUAUCAUAAUUCAAUUAAGAAUUCAAUAUCUUCAUCAGCGAGCACGUGCGAAAACUCGCCAUGCGCCUCGUCACCCGGCAACGAGACCGGCCAAUCGUUAACGUCCUUCAAUGCGCAACAGCACCCGGACCAGCCGCUACAGCCGCAUGGAAACGGUGACUUGGAGCAACGUUCAUCGAGGUCGUGGGGCGGCGCCACAGGCGUCCAUCGUCGCUCAACGAGUCAAACGCAAAUGAGCAACACGACAGCCGGCAGCUGCGACUCUGGUUCUCCCAUCUUAUCCGCAAACAACACCAACACCACCGUCAAUACCGAUACCAAUACCAACACCAAUACCGUCUCAGCUACGACUACUACUAUUACUACUACUGCUACCACCAGUACCAGUAUCACCAGCAACACCAUCACCAAUUCCUCAUCAGCUCUCCUCCUCACUUCCUCCUCUAUCAGCCAUCAAAGUAAUGGCAAGCCACGUCUUCCGGACAAGCUACUCGAUACGGUCUUCUUCAAUGCCCUUACAGCCCACAGUUUAUUACAAAACAACAACAAUAGCAACAAAUCACUUACUGAUAUCCAAUUGAUGAAAUUUAGCGACGUUAAUUCGCGUUCAAAUUCAUCCGAGUGUUCGUCGUCAUCGGCGGUAAACUCGGUUGACUACGUCGACGGUGAGGUUAAUGUUGAGUGUAACGGUAGUAACAGCAACAGUGUCCAGCUACAGCUACAGCUUAAGCACCAGCAUGUAUCAUGCGCACGACCUCUUUCUUUUCACCGGCACAUGUGCUGGUGUAGUGCUGCUGGGACCGCCGCGGUUGUCCUACGCGCAACAAAUCCCAACAAUGAGCAACAAACUAACGUCGACAAGGUCGACAGGCUCAUCGAGGUCCCUGUUGUUGAUUCUGGUCAGGUUCUCAAGGUCAAAGAUAAUUUUAAUAAUCGUGAUGAACAGCAGUUGUUAACCCGGGCCAACAAUAUUGUUAAUUCAAAAAGUAUAAACGGUAUCAUCACUAGCACAAGAAAUAAUAAUGGGGUUGUUGAUAACAAUAAUGUUAAUAAUAAACAAAUAAAAAUAAAUAAUACACAUCAUCGACACAAUAAUGUUAUUGAUAAUAAUAAAUUUUCAAGUCUUUGUUGUUGUAUGUGUGGAUCUAUUUGUCCUAUAGAGUGUCACGCCUGUUUCCACAUUGUCUGCAGGGAGUUCAGCGGUCAGCAUUUGUGCCAGUGGAUCCCAAAGGGUCAUGCAUUGCCGGGACAAGUUUACGAUAAAGAAAAGCCCGUCAACGAAUGGACAUCGCUGAAUGUCGUUGAGUGGAUGUCGGCCCUAAAUCUGUACCGCUAUGCAGACGUCUUCAAGUCUAAGGACAUCAAAGGCGCCGAUCUUAUUCAUUUGGAUCGGGAUAAGCUGAUGAAUAUGGGAAUAAAAGAUGAGUUUCAUCAAAAAAAUAUACUGGUGUGCAUCGAGGAGUUAUGUCGGCCAUCUUCAUUGCCAGCAUUACCAGGAUCCUUACCCGACAACAGUACCAACAAAUCCCAGUUGACAAUCAAUAAUGAUAAUACUUGUACGAACAAUAGUAAUACUGGUGAUCAUACGUCACUGUCAUCAUCCUCAUCCUCGUCAUCAUCAGUUGCCCUUGCAGGAACGACAAACAAUCCAGUUAAUAAUCAGAAGCAUAAUCUAGUACCGCACAGUUUUAGUGUACUAGAGAGGUGCGACAAGUGCCACAAAUAUCUCCGGGGUCUUCUGCAUCAAGGAUUUCUCUGCCAAGAUUGUGGUUUGGUCGCCCACAGAACGUGCUCAGCAACGGGUUUGCCCACGGCUUGCAUACCAUCUGACCAAGAGAGUCGUGCUAACCGAUUGGCUUCAGUUUUUGGCCUUGCAUUGUGCUCACAGUUUGAUACGACGAAACGGACAGCACCAGUACUCGUUGAAAGAUGUACCAGGGUUCUUGAAGAAAGGGCUCUUAGUGAUUUAUCAUUAGAUUUAUAUAAAGUUUAUUACAACAGUCCGCCUAAUGAACAAACUCUAGAAUUACGCCAAAAGCUCAAUCAAGAUGUCUACAAUACAGAUUUGAAUUUAUACAGUCUUCAAGGCAUUGCUAGUGUGUUAAAAAAAUUUUUACGAGAAUUACCAGAUCCAGUAAUACCAGUGCAAUGGUACGACAGAUUUUUAGAAGCCUCAGUUAUGAGAAAUGACGAACAAUGUGCAAUGAGACUCAAUCAAUUAGUAAACGAAUUACCAGAACACCAUAGAAAUACGUUGUACUAUUUAAUGGCUCACUUCUGUCGAAUUUGUAAAUUGCAACAUGCCCGAGGAUACACGGAACCACCGACAAUUCUAGUACAAGUAUUGUGUCAUAUAUUCCUCAGGCCUCCUUGGGAACGUAUUAUACAAGUAGUACACAAUACUGAGGCACAUAUACGUAUAAUGGAACUGUUAUUAUUACACGGUAAUUGGGGUGAGAGGUUACCAGAGUUUGCAAAUCCUCCACGUUUACCACCACGUAAAGUUUCGAGGCCACAAUUUCCAGUACUUGAACAAUUUAAUACUAUGGAGGAUGAUAAUGUUAUAGCUGAUCGUCAAAUUUGUAUUGAUAACAAAGAUCAUCAAUCUCACAGGCCACGUACUCUGCACGAUUGCGAAUGGUAUUGGGGCAACAUAACGAGAGACGAAGUGAAUGAAAUGAUGAUUGAUGCACCAGAUGGUACAUUUUUAGUACGUAAUGCAUCUUCUAAAGGCGGUGAAUACACACUGACAUUACGGAAAGGCAGUACGAAUAAAUUGAUUAAAAUUUGUCACCGUAACGGGAAAUAUGGUUUUUCUGAACCAUACAAUUUUCAUUCGGUAAUAGAAUUGGUCGAUUAUUAUCGCAACUGCUCACUCGCACAGUAUAAUUCAACUUUGGAUAUUAAAUUGCUGUAUCCAAUCUCUAAAUUCCAACAGGACGAUGAAAUAGUGAGCAGUACUAAAGAUAUGCCGGAUGUAAUUCAAAAGUUUAUUGAUCUGAAUAAAAAAGUUCAAGUGCAAGGUAAAAAAUAUCAAGAGUACUCGGAUCUGUAUCAGAGGACAGCGUACGAGGUGCAAAUGAAACGUCAGGCCUUGGAAGCAUUUUGUGAAGCCAUUAAAUUAUUUGAAGAGCAGAGUAAACUCCAGGAUAAGUAUCAAGAAGAAGCCCAGCCUCACGAGAUAUCAACAUUGACUGAUAAUGCUGAGCUACUGAGAAGUAGAUUAAAAUCCUUGGAAGACAGUCGCGAUCAGCUUGAAGAUAGUUUAAGAACCCAAGUAUCGUACAAUCGUUCUCUUGAACGUGAAAUGCACAAACUCAAACCAGAUCUUAUGUCACUUGCUCGUAUGCAAGACAGAUGUUCUGUAUGGUUGAGGAACCAUGGAGUGAAACAGUCGAGAAUCGAUCAAUUAACAAAUCAUACGCUGACAAAUCCAUUUGGUGGUGAUUCGGGGCUGGGUGAUUUGCAAGAGGUUGACUUGGAAGUACAUUCAAACGAAUCGACCUGGCUUUUUCUUGAAGGCUCGAGAUCAGAUGCUGAUAGGUUACUGUCAGGACGACCUGAUGGUACUUUCCUUGUACGUAAAUCGAGAACUGGACAGUAUGCUCUUUCAAUAAUGUGUAAUGGUACCGUGAAUCAUUGUAUAAUAUACGCAACAGAAAGAGGAUACGGUUUUGCAGAGCCGUACAAUAUUCACAAUACGCUGAAAGAUUUGGUGCUGCAUUACGCGCAAAAUUCGCUUGAGGAACACAACGAAAGUUUGAACACCACACUUCUGUACCCAGCACUGGCGCCCUUACCGAGCGUAAAUCAGCGGCAACCUCAACAAAUAAUUUCGCAAAAUCAAAAUCAAUUAGAUAUGGUAAACAGUCUGCGUAUGGGCGGUUGAUCGUUAUCAACAACGCUCCUCGUGAUUUAAAUCAUGUAUUAAUACAUUUUAUAAAAAAGAAACAAAAAAAGUUUAUAAUUACUGAUCAAAGUAAUAACUUGAUCACGUGUAUAGCUGUGAGUCCGCGAGGUGUGGAUGAUGGUUGUGAGAUAUGUGAUGCUCAGAGAUUUGUGAUUACGGUUGCGGAGAUUGAUAAAGAGAAAAGUAAUUGGUGGAGAAGAUAAAUAAUAAAUAAAAAAGGUAAUAAUGAGAUACUAUAAAAGUUUAUUUCGUAAAUAAUUAUUAUUAUCUUGCCGCUAAUGAAGAAAUCACUUGAUAAUAGUCUUUCCGAUAUUUAAUUCCCAAUAGUUUAUUACUAUCAAUUUAAAACUAGACGCUAUACUUUUAAUUAACUUUAAUUAACAGCAAAAUCACAACAAAUAAUAACAAUAAUAAGUAAGAUAAUACUUAUAUAUUACAAUAGUAAUUAAAAACUUGAGACAUUUAAAUAAUUAAAUGCGUUAAUUAACAAACACAAAAUGAUAUAGAGAAGAUGAAUAAUUUUAAUUGUCAUCCUAUCGAAUUUUCUCCAUCGUUACAACGAAUUUCUAUUGAUUGCGAGGGGGAUAAUUUAAUUUAUUACGAUAAAAAAUAAUAAAUAAUAAUUAAUUAAUCAAUUAAUGAUUAAUUAAUUGAUACGUAUAAAUAUAAAUGCUGUGCCAGCCCUAAGUUGCGCAUCCGAUCGAGUACGCAAAACAAAAGGGUUUGUAGAAUAACUGUCUGUGAUUUUGGAUCGAUAAGACGAAUUAAGGAGUUUUUUUUUGUUGCUUAAUUAUUUUUCAGCUUUUUAUUUUCUCUCUCUCUAUAAACCCAAUUUAUAUUAUUCUUGUGUUGAGCACAAGAUUAUAAAAAUAAUAAUAAAUUGUCCCUAUAAAUAAUAAAAUGUUUUUUUUUUAUUAAACAAAGUAAUAAAAUAAAUUUUUUUUAUUUAGUAAUUUUAUUUGAUAAGUAGAAUCGCGCAAAUAUCGAAGAGUAAGAAAGUUUAGAGAAUAGAGACUAUCUCGUUAAUUAAAAGUUACGAGAAAAAUCUUUGUAUCCAUUUAUUUGAGCAAUCAGAAAUAUCUAACAGAGUUUAAAUUAUAUAAUAACAUUUUUUUACGUGAUAGCUGCUGUCCGGAGACAGUUUAAUCAAUUUAUAAAUAAUUAAUUAAAUAAAUAAAAAUAAUAAAGAAACAAUAAAUUAAAUAAGUAUGAGUAUGAGACGAGUGUCAAUGUACCAGACAUCAGACAAAUUUCGAAUUAUAAAUAAAUAGAGUAAAUAAUUUUUAAAAAAAUAUUUUAAAAAAUGCACUUAUUAAUUUUUAAAUUUUUAAAAUGCGCAUUUUUUUUAAAUUUAAUUUUUAAAAUUAUUUACUCGAUUUAUGAACAAUUUUUAAUUUGUCUGUCUGCUACAUUCACACUCAGUAUGAGUUAGAGGUAGAGAGAGAAAGAGAAAUAAUGACGAUGUAUUUAUGGGUGCGUAAGCCCUCGAAGUUUUUUUAAAAGUUUUUUUUAUUGUCAUGUCAUGUGUGUAAUUAAAUUAUAAUGAGCGCAUUAAAUAAUUAAUGCCUUGUGUUAUUUCUGUUCGCGGGCAUGAUUAUUGUACUCUAAAUUAAUAUUUUUAAAAUCUCAAGCGUUUUAAAUUUGACAGUAAAUUUUAAAUAAAUAAUUUUUAUAAUAGUUUUGAUAUUACAGAUUAGAAUAUAAUUUUAUACAAAUUUUUUUACUUUGUAACUGUAAUAUUUUUAACUAUUAAUUUUUCUAAAUUAGAAAAAAUUGUCAUUUUUUUUAUUUAUUAAAUUUGCUUGAGAGUUAAAAAUAUUUAUUUUGAUAUAUAAUUUUAUUGUCAAAUAAAAAAUCAUUUAUUUAAAUAAUAAUAAUAUUUAUUAUUAUAAUAAUUAUAAACUCGUGUCUUCAACGUCGCUAAGUCAUGAUUAUCAUUCUCAAUAUUUGUUGUAUUGUCGACAAAAGAUCUCAAACUUUGUGAUAAUCAAGUCCACAUACAUUAAUAUAUAAUAAACAUUUUUUUACUGAGAAAUUGUUCGUUUACAGAGCGGUCAGUAAACGCACAAGUGUAUCAGUGACGAGAAUGUUUUUAAAAAAAAUUAUUUUGAGACCGAAUAAUUCUCAUACUAAAUUAUAUUUAAAAAAAAAAUAAAAAUGUAAGUGCGCUUGAUUUUUCACUUUACCAAAGUCACUGGAGAUGGAUUAUAAAAAAAAAAAAAUGGAAUGAAUGGAUUUGUUUUUAAUUGUAAUUGAUAAAUGGGUUUUGUUAUAUUGUUUGUUAAUGUUUUAAUAAUUAGAGAAUGGUUAUCUAAAGAACUGAUCGAAGAACGACACGAGUUUAUGUCUUGAUGCCAGCGGGACGACGAGGAUGAAUAAAAAGUAUGACAGCGGAUAAUAAAUUGAAUUUAUAAAUAAAAUGUUUAUUAAAAGUCAGUUGGGAAGGUCAGAAAAAUUGUAAUAUAUGUAAAAUUAUUAUCAAAGAUAUUAAUAAUCUUUUAAAUUGUAGUUAUUAAUUAGCUCAUUUUUUCUACGUAAAAAAAUUAACGAGUUUUAUUAAUUGAUUUAAUACUAGAAUAAGUAAAGUCGAUAGAUUAUUCCAAAUAAUAAUUAAUUUAAAAAAGAGAACAAAUUUUUUUAUGCCGAACUGGCAUCGGUAGGCGUUGAACUCAAUCAGAUAUUUUUUUUAUUUUCUCAAAUAGAUUUUUAUAAAUUUGAGCACAACGUUAUUGCCUCUGCAAUAAUUUUUAAUUGAUUGAUUGAUUGAUUAAUUAAUGAGUAAUGAUAAUGAUAAUGAUUAAAUCACGCAUUGGAUAAGCUUUAAGAGAUGGAAUAUCAAAUGUGUCGGGACUCGUGAUAUUUAAAAUAUAACCAGAGGCUCUUUAAGGUGCUCUUGUGAUGAACAAAAAAUAAUUAAAUUAAAUAAUUAUAAAUAAAAUAUAAUAAGCGACUAAAAAUAUUUAAUGGAUUUUUUAAAAACAAACUAAAAUAGUUAUAAAGAUUAACAAUAAUAAUAUUAAUAAUUAAUUAUUAAUAAUAAUUAUGAUAAUAGUAAUAUUAAAUAUUAAUAGUAAUGGACGUAAGACGAAAGUAAUUAUGUAAAAUUUGAUUAUAAUUGUGCAGUUUGCCGAAGGGCUUUUCAACAAUGAAAAAAUCCUUCCAUUAAUUAAUAUUAUAAUACCGAAUUCUGGUUUGUAAUGAUCUCAAUUGUCGACGUCGCAAUAGAGUCGACAUUAAAAAAAAAAAAAAAAAAAAAAAAAAAAUAAUAAAUAAUAAAAAAUUAAAAUUAUUUCCUUGCUAACAUGUACACAUAUUCAUAUUUAAUAUAGAUGAGAGUUUUCAUAUAAUUAUGUCACAUACCUCGUCGUCCUAUUGUGUAAACAACAAAGAAUAUAUAUAUAUAUUAAUAUGUAUAUAUAUAUUCAGUAAUUGUAAAAAAAAUUUAUGAAAAGCAACAAAAAAAUUCUAUAUAUAUAUACAUAUAUAUUUACAUAUAUACUAUAUUUUUACUUACUUUCAAGAAAAUUUAACCGUUCAAUUAUUUAUAAAUAUAACACAUAUAUUUAGACGCGUAGAAUCAUAUUGUCAUUGACUAUCUGCAGGUUCGGGAAUAAUUUUUUUUAUUUAAAUUGUAAAUUUUUUUAAAUUUUUUAACUCUUGUGAAAAAUAAAUUUGGAAAUUUAAAUUUAUUAGAAUUUUUAAUGGAAUUUUAUAUUUCAUUUUAAUUAUUUUUAAUUGGAUAAAGUUUUCUGAUAUAUGUAGAAGUUCUUAUUUAUUAUGAAAAAAAAUUUUUAGGUUUUUUUUAAAUUGUUUUUUAUUUACUUGCAAUUUCAUACAAUUAUUUUUUUUGUAUUGAUAAAAGACCUAGUAUCUUAUCAGGAAACUAGUCCGCGAUCACUUCAUGUAUUUGUAUAUCUAUAUUUAGUAAAAUUUAGUAAAUGUAGAUAUAAAAAUAUAUGACUGAUCGGGUACUAGUUCCCUGAUCAGGGGUGUGCCGUCGACUGAUCCCAAAAAUUUUAUACCACGACAAGUGAUCCCUAAAAAUUGAUCCCAUCAACGAUUGCUCGUCAAUUGAUUUUCAUCAACUAAUUUACAUAAUUUAUCAAUUUUUAUUUACAACAGUGAAUUUUAAUUACUCAUGUCAUAGUAAUUAAUUAUUUUAUGAAUUUGUCAGUGAGAUCAGUUGUCUGUAGGAUCCAUUAUCGUAUGAUUACUUGUCGGGGAUCAGUUGUCAUGGAACCCUGAUCAGGUACUGGGUCUUUUACUUUAUAAUAUAUUUUUAAUAAUUUUGAAAAUAAAUAGUUUUUAACAUUUUAUUUUAGUCAAAGUAUUAAAAAAAUUAACAAGCAAUGAUAAAAAAAAAAUUUUAUCGUUAAUAAUUUUUUUGAUUGAUGUAGACCUACUAAUUUUUCCAAUUAAUUUUCUAAUGGAUAGAUUAUUUUUUAAAAAAUCAUAUAAUUUUUUUACACUUAAAAAUAUGAGACACCGCAGAAGUAACGCGAAUUUUUUUGUAAAAUAUUUUAGUUCGUUAUCACAGAACGUUUAGAUUAGAAUUUUUAUGCUCAGUAAAUAUUAGAUUAUAACAUCCCGACACCGAGUACAUGAUAAAAUUUUUUUCACUUAUUAAAUGUUAUAAUUAAUUUCUCAUAUAAUUUCAAAUAAAAAUUCAUAGUUUCACUUACAGUUAAAAGAUAUUUGAAUUUAAAAUAUCAAAGUCCCGCUCUGAAUACUAAUUGAAUUGUCAAUAUUAUCGAUGAUAAUAAAAACGAUAAAUAAAUAAAUAAUUGUUCGCGUGCCUGCAUUGACAGUCACAAACUUUCAUCGAAUAUGUAGAGACUGAUACCGAGCACUUUCCACAUUCUCCAGUACAUUUAAAUUGCAUGACAAACGAUCAAUUUUUACUUUCAUGUCAUGUUACACCCACUCAUGCAUCUAUAUAAAUAUUAAAUAAUAGUACUAUACAUAUUAAUAAUAAUAGUAAUAAAAAGUACUCAUAUUAUAAAACUAAAAAGAGUUGUAACAGAUAAAACGUAAUCUACUAUUUCCAAUAGAUAAAAAAAACUAAAUUAAUGAAUGUGGGAUUCAUCUAUUGCUCGCGGUCGAAUAUUCAAAAAAAUUAAAAUUUAUGCUUUUUCAUAGACGUAUAUACAUAUGAAUAUAUAUAAUAUAUACGUAUGUAUCGCUCUGGUAUGAACCAACUAUCGAAAUUACUUUUCUCAUGCCGGGUAACUAAUUUUGCCCGCGGUUAUUCAUCCCGAGUGUUUUCGAGCGCGAACGUUUAAAUUCUAAAUAGAAUUUAAAAAAAAAAAAAAAACAGCGCUCACUAGGGAUUGGGAAAUUUUUUUUUUUAAAGAGUAUUGAAAAAUUAGUGCAAUCGACUACAGUUGAAUCAUGCCCAAGGCUUAAAUAUCAUAAUGUAAAUAUUAUAAAUGACGCGACUAUUUUUCAUCUCGAUGACCAUUUUUAUUAAUCGAUUAUUAUUUUUUUUUCAUUUAAUUUUAUAACAAAAAAAAAUAUAUAUAUAUAAAUAUAUAUAUAUAUUAUUGUAUAUUUAUGAACCAUCAUUAAUAUAUACGUGUAUAAUCGUUAUUAUUUCCGCAGACAUGAUCGUUGAGUUAAUUUCAACUUUUAUGUCAUAAAAAAAAUAUAUAUAAAUAUAAAUAAAAAUACAAAUAAAUAUAUAAAUAUAAAUAAUAAGUAAUGACAUUGUCAUUGUGUAUAAUAUCUACAUUAGAUGAUUAUUAAUUAAAACUAUUGUGAAAAAAAAAAUUAAAAUAAAAAAAAAAAAAAAAAAAACGCGAUGUAAGAGAAAUUGGAAAAAAUCCUCCGGGAGCUGAUGACCUUUUUCAAGGUACUUUGAUAUCAGGGUGGAUUAUUAAUAAAUAACGAAUUUUCAUGCCAAUGGCACUUGAUACAAAAAUAGUAAAAAAAUUUUUUGAUAUCGAACAAUCUAAUUGUUGAUGACUUUUAUUACAAGAAAUAAAUUGAGGCAAAUUCAAAAAGUAGAUCCGUACAGAAAUUAAUAGAUAUAUCGUAAAUAUUUUAUGUACUCUAAACCAACACUAAAUUGUACCAAGAAAAAAUAUAAUUGCUCAGAAUAAAAUUUUUUUUAUAUGAUAAUUAAUUUUUUCAAAAAAUUUGGUGAUGAAAAUUUAUAUUUAUUUUUGCGGCUCAAGAAUAGAAUAUUUUUAUUUUUGUCGAGGAAUUAUUGAGACGAGAAUGUAUUUGAUAAUUAUCAAAAAAUUGAGUUUUUUAAUCAAUAAAUAUUUAUUAAUAAAAGUAUUUUUUUUUUCUAAGUAUACAAUUACAUUUUUUUUUGACCAGAUAAUUUGUUGAUGAAUUCAUAUUUUAAAUGACAGUCUGUAAUUAACUCAUUAAUUUAUCAAAAGCUGGAAAUUAAAAGUUUUUAAACCGAUUUAUAUUUUUGAAGGGAGAAAAUCAAAAUUUUUUUAAAUAUUUUGUUAUCAAUUAAUUCAAACUGCUUGUAUAUAUUAAUAGUAUGAAAGUACCGCGUAAAAUUUUUAGUACUUGAGCAUUAUAUUUUCAAAUACGAAAAAAAAAUUUUAUUCAAAUUUUAACAAUAUCACAAUUAAAAAAAAAAAACACCCAUUAUAUAAAAACUUUUAGUCUUUGAUUUGAUAUUUUUUAUAAUAAUAAAUAUGAAAAGAUCAGCAGAUUAUCAGCAGAAGUCUAUGAUACUAAAGUUAGCCGACGUCUAAUAAUUUUUGGAUUUUUUUUUAAAACAAUAAUUUAUAAAAAAACAAUAUUUGAAAUAAUUGCACCUAUAGUUUUUUUAAUUUUCUACAUGUGCAUAUUUUUAGUUUCUUUUUUUUUUUAAAUUAAAUUGUUAAAAAUGAAAUUCGAAAAUUUUAAAUUGACUGCUAACUUCAGAAUCAUCAACUUUAGGAUCAUAUAAAUUUAUAUUUAUUAUAAAUUUAAGAACAUUUUGUAAUUCAUGGGAUUAAAAAAAUUUUCGUUACUCGUAUGAUAAAAGCUGCGCCAUUUUGUUAAGUUGAGUCAAUGAAUUUUUCUAAAAUUAAUUAUGAAUACAAAAAAUAUGUCAUUAAGUAUUCAGUAAAAGUACUCGACUUUUCCCAAUUUAAUUGUAAAAAUUAUGUAAAAUAUAAUAAAAAAUAAAUGACCAUUUUAAUUGAAAAAAUUAAAAAAAAAAGUAUAAAAUUUUUCCACAAAGUAAAAAAUUUAUACUGAACUAAUAAAUAUAUUUACGAUAGAUUUAUAAAUUUUUGUAAGAUAAAAAAAAGUUUGAAUGAAUUUGUAAAAUAAAUUGUCAUCAGUGAUGAUAUUAAUAAAUAUUUAAAUAAAUUGAUCGUAUUGUCUUUUCGGACGGAGGAAAAUAAUAUUAUAAAACGUUGCCUUAGCUUUUUGUACAAGUCAAGCAUUGUAGUGGAUAAAUAUGAUGCUUGAGUAAGUCGACAUGUACGUGACUGUACAUUGACUGAGAGAUUAAGUAUUGGAAGGAGGCAAUUUUUUUUUUUUUAUUUUAUUUUAUAUUAUAUUAUUUUUUUAAAAAGUGAUAGAUGGUAACAAAAAAAAACACUUGUGCAUUCUUGUGGUGUACGGAGUUGAGGCGAAGUAUAAAUAUAAAUAAUUAAUAAAUUAAUUAAAUGUUUUUGUUAAGAUAAUCGAAUAAAAGACAGCGUAUUGUCGACUAUGAACAUGGAUAAUUAAUAAAAUUGAUGACAGCAGAUUGCAAUUACGGUACGCGGAGAAAAAUGGGCUUAAGAUAUUUACGAAUUUUUAUUAUGCUGUCGAUUGAACUUUGAACAGGAAAUUGAGUCUCCAAAAAAUUAUUACGCUACACUACAAAAAAAUAUUCUAGGCUUAAAACUUAAUGAUCCUGACGUUAGAAGACCAUUAAAAAUUUUUGGAUUUUUUUAACAAAUCGAAUAAAAAAAAAAUAUGCACAUCUAGAAAAUGAAAUAAAUUAUAGGUGCAAUUUUUUCAAAUAUUUUUUUUUUAUAAUUUGUUGUUUCGAAAAAAAAAUUCAAAAAUUAUUAGACGUCGGUUAACUUUAGUAUCAUUAAUAUUUAUUGAUAAAUUGUAGGGAUGUGCGAAUAGUUCGAACUUAUGAAUUAUUCGUAGCGAAUCGAUUCGAACUUCGAAUGGGAUAGUUCGAAAUUUCUAAUAAUUCGUAAGUUUUCGAAUUAUUAGAAAAUUGUGUACCUGAAGAUCCGAAUGUUUUUCGCGAAACGAAAUGGAAAAUAAAAAAUCUACUGGAUCUAGAUUUCCGAAAUGUUUCACAUGGGUGCUAAAAUGUCAGCCAAAAACUGCAGCAAGUCAAUUUUAGGCAGUCAAAUUACAUACAUUUUUUAAAUUUUCGUCGCGCGAAAAACGUUCCGAUCUUCAGGUACAUAGAAAAUUCACAAAUAAUUCAAAGAUUUUCUUUUGAAUGACUUAAAAUUGUAUAAUUUUUCGAAUAAUCCAAAUUAGUAUCUGAGGUAAAUUGAGCUUAGACACGAAUGUUUUUGGUUACUGUAAAAACUAAGCUUUCCAUUGAAUAAAAAUUGAAUAUUUUAAAGCUGACCAAAAUUUUCUUGAUUCAAAUCGAGUAGAGUUACCACUCUCUAAAUCUGAAACAGUGAAAACCACUAAAAAGUAGUGUAUAUACACUGUUUCAGAUUUAGAGAGCAAUAAAUCAUUAACUCGGAUAAUUUUUAAAUUGUCGAAUAAUUUGAAAAGUUAUGAAAAAUUCGAAAAGAUUCGAAUAAUUUGAAGUUACGAAUAAUUAUAGUAGAAAAUGAAAAAUUUCUAGAGGGUCACAGUAAUAAUUAUAGCGGAGCAUAAUAAUUUAUUGACGACUCAACUUCCUGUUUAAUUUUGGUCGACAGCAUAAUUAAAAAUCGUCCAUUUUCUGUCUCCAUUUUUCUCCGUGUAAUUUUGAACGGCUAAGAUGAUCAUCUUUAUCGAUCGAUUGAUUGUUGAAUAAACUCGUGCGGUAUCUUAUUAAUUAAAAUAAAUAUUUAAACGAGUAAGCCUUGCAGCAAACGUGCAUAUACAUAACAAUAUAUGAUCAUGAUCACAGAUAAUCAAAUAAUUCAUAAAACUAUAGUGUUAUCACUAGUGACAUUAGAUUAUAGUAAUUCAUAAAAUUAUAAUACGUAUCAUCCGAAAUAAUUUACUUUUUUUUUAUGUUACGACUUGAAGAUCAAAUAUUAAUAAUCAAUAAUAAUUAUAAUAUUAAUAUAAUAAUAAUCUAGUUAACGGAUUAAUUACUAAUAAUAAUUAUUAAAAUUGUAACACCAAUUAAUUAUCAUGGGUAUGGUAAUAUAUUGAUCAUUAAUAAGAGAUUAAUCGAUUUAUUAUUGUGAUCAAUAUUCUCUUGUACAAACCUGCGAUAAUAAUAAUUGUCCAGUACGUGAUGUAUGUUUACCGAUAAGCCAACUAUCUAGUUUGCGAUUAUUAAUUUCAAGUUUGUGGUUUACGAAAGAAUGUCAAUGCAUCUCUACUCUUAGAUUUAUUGUCGAACCAAUAAUCAUUAUUGUUAUUAUUUUUUUUAAAUAAUAAUAAUAAUAAUGAUAUACACUGUAAAAAGUACGGAGUAAAUUCGGAGUGAUUGCGGAUUAUAUUUUAAUUCGAAUUCACUUUACUCGGAGUUCCGGAGUUUUAAAAAAAUCACUUCGCAUAAGGAUGAGUGAAUAGGGAUUUUUUCAUGGGCGGAGUGAUUUCGGAGUGACGCGGAUUUUUUUUAAAUCCGCAUUCACUCCGUCAGAAGUUUUAAUACUCAAAUAAAUUUAUAAUUAAUAGAAACAGCUGUUGAUUAAAAACAUAAUUAUUUCUAUAAAUAAUUCAUUCAGAUAUUAAUAAUUAAACUUAAAAUAUUAUGUUUUUAAUUUAUAAAAUGUUUUAGUAACUCACUAAAUUAUAAUUUCAUAUAUGAAUCGUUUAUUUGAGAAGCCCCAGAAGUCAGGUGUUUUACAAAAUUGGGUUUUUUUGCAUUUUUGGGUUCUUUGGAUGUCCCUCCAUAGAAAUCAAUCAAAAUAUGCAUCAAAUCAGCGUUUAAAAAAAAAAUUAACGGGGUGACAGCAAUUUCAUUUAAUUGAGAAACCCCACAAGUCAAUGAUUCAAGUAAACAUAUGCAGUUUUAGUUUCACAGAAUUAUAAUUUUUUUUUUUUUUUUAUUUAAAAUUCGCGCUUUUUUGGGAAAUUAAUUUCAAAUGUUGUUUUAUUGUUGACUGUUAUAUGACUAAUUAAAAUGUUUAAAUUAAUUAUAAUUUUUUGUAAUUUCUGAGUUUCAGAGUUCAAAUACAUGUUUAAUACUUCAUUUUAUCAGUCUAAUAAAUGAUUUGAGUGGAAACAUUUAAAAAAAUAAUGAUUUUAUAACUUUCUUUCCGUUUGGUUGAGAAACCCCAUAAGUCAAUCAACUUUAAAUAAUUUUUUUAAAUAGUUUCAGUUAAAAAAUUAAAUUUUUCUUGUUGGAGUCUUUUUCAGAGACGCUAACAUUAUUGUAUUUAAUUAUUUAUUUAUUAUUUUAAUGUCAAGUUGUUCCAAAGAAAUGUUUUUUGUGUUUCCUAAAAAAUUUUGUUUUCUCAAAUAAACGAUUCAUAUAUAAAACAUAGUGAAAAUAUUAAAUUAUUGAGUAGCUAUAGUGACAUAGUUUUUCGAGAAUAUUUUAUAUUUCGGUACAAUAUGAAAUGUUAUCUCGUGGGGUCCCAAGUCAAAAAACAAAUUCGUAUUUAAGUCUCAAAGUUCUCAAUGAGGUUUUUGAGGAUCAAUUUAGAAUUUUAAGAUUUUACCAUUUUGAGGACUAAACUGGUAUAACAUAGUCUGGAUUAGAGCCUCAAAAUACUCAAAACAUACAGGAAUAAUUUUAUCCACAUUUGAACCUCAAAAGUCUCAUUCGACGUAUUCUCUCCCCUCCCCUUUCUAUCUUAUAUUUUUCAAAGUCCGAAAUAUAACUGUUCAUUCAUUGAGGAUUUUGAGGUCUUACUUAUAAUUUUAAAUUGAUAAAUUAUUCGCAUUUAGACCUCAUAGUUCUUAUUGAGGAUUUUUAGUACCAAAGUAGAGUUACUUUCUGAGCGGCAAAUAAAACAUCAAAGAAAUUGAGGCUUUUGAGGACCAAACUAGAAUUUGCUUUUUGACUUGGGAUGGUUGAUGUAAGUCUGAAUUAUAUUUGUUCGUUUUGUUAUCAGCUGCUUAUAAUUUUUAAAAAUCAUUUCGCGCGAAUUUAUGGAAAGGGAGCUCGUAAUUAUUUCCGUACUCAAUAUAAAUGUAAAAAUAUCAAAGACCUAAGCUUACUAUGAAUUAGUAAUUUUUUUUAUAAUUAAUGUUUUACGAAACUCCCCUUCGGAGUGAAAUUCACUUCGAGGGAAUUAAAUAAUUUAAAAAAUCAUCCACUCCGCGAUAACUCCGGAUUCACUCCGCGAAUUUUUUACAGUGUAAAUAGCAACAAAUAAAAAUAAACUGAUCUCUAUAAAAUAGAUAUUAAACAAUGAAAAUAAAAAAGGUUAUUUAUAAUAAGCUAUAAAAAAAAAACUGACGAAUCGAUAAUUGAAGUCUGAGUGACUGCUGCAGGGCUAAUUGCGGUUUAAAAUAAAUAUGAGUGGGAUAAAAUAUGACGAAGAUUUUAAAAAUAAAAUCUUAAUGAAUAUAAAUAAUGGGAAACAAAAUUGUUUAUGAUUAAAUAAGAGGAGUCAUGAUGAAAACAGUUAGAGAGCGUGAGAAUGAUUUAAGUAAAUGAGGAUAGAGAAAUGAAAAUGAUUAUUAUUAUGAUAAUGAUAAGGUAGGAUUUAUCGAUGCAAUUAUAUGGUAAUUUAAAAAAAUAAUUAAACAAAUAAAAAUGUACGCUGUCCUACUGUGAUAAAACUUUUGUUUAUGCAUGUAAAAUAUAUAUACUACUAUAAUAGGUAUUGAAAAAAAUAAAUAAAUAAAAUAUAAAAAAUAAAAAAAAAAAAUAAAUGAAAACAAAAAAAAAUUAUAUCGUGUAUGUAUUGACUACAUAUUGUAAGAAAUAAUAAAAUGUUGAUUGUAUUGACAUUUUUUUGGACAUUAUUACAUUUAUGUAGAUCUGUAUGUACAUCUAUAGACGUACAACUGAUAAGAGACGCUUGAUUGCGUCGUGAUUAUUAUUAAUAAUUAAUAAUAACACUAUUAUGAUGAUGGUGAUGAUGAUGAUAAUGAUGAUGACGAUUUAUAUGAACAAGAUUGACGGUCGAUUUAUUAAUGAAUGUGAAAGUUAAGGUCUACACUGUAAAAAAUUUUGAGUCCGCGACGUGACGUCAAUGAUUUGGUGUUAAAAUUUUAUGAUACUGAAAUUAGCCGACGUCUAAUAAGAUUUGGAUUUUUUUUUAAAACAAUAAAUUAUAAUAAAAAAAAUAUUUCAGAAAAUUUCACCUACAGUUUUUUUAAUUUUCUACAUGUGCAUUUAGUUACUUUUUUUUAAUUUUUGAAAAACAAUCCGAAAAUUGUUAAUUGCUAACUCCAGGAUCACAAAUUUUCACUGACGGUGUGAAAGUUACACGACGCACGGUGUUGAAUUUUAGAGUGUGAAUUAGGACGUUUACAUUUCCAAUGGUGUGAAUGUAUAAGACCUAUAUUUCCAAGUCUAUUUCUUCGACACUAAAUAUUCAAUUUUUAUUUAAAAAUCUACGUCAAUAAUGAUAAUGAAGUACUAGUGCUGCAGUCUAUGUAUUGUUUGACAAUUUUUAACUACAGUUUAUAUUAUCAGACAAUAUUUUAGAUAAAAUUUGACCCAACGGUGUCAAAGAAGUCAUUUAUACCGUGUUAAAAGUACACCGCUUGAUAUUACACCGAAAAAAUUUCACACCGAGCAGACAGCGUCAAGGGGAAUUCUACAGUUUUUGUGACGCCGCUAAAUGACUGCGAAUUCCUGUAGAACUUGACGAAAUAAGACUUUUUUGAAUAUGAAGAAUAAACUUUUUCGAUAUCUCGCUUAGUUUUUGAGAGAAAUGCGACGUUUUUCAAAAAAGAAAAAAAAUUUCAUAGAUUUUAAUAUCUUCAAUUUUUUUGUAUUUUUUUCCGGAAGUUGCAUUUAAAAACAAAUAUUUUGAAAAAAAAAAAAAACGUGUGAAUUAGUCCAUUUUUGAAAAAAAGUCUUCUAUAAGAAUUCGUGGUAAUUUGGCGGUGCCAUGGAACCGCGUUACGUCCCCGGGGACCAUUUUCACACCUGAAAUUUUUUACAGUGUACAAACACCGUUCGACGAUGCAAACAGUCUUGAGACUGAUGAUUGAAAAUAAAUGAACAAUAGCCGUAUUUAUUAUCAAAUUUCAUAAAAUUAAAACUAAAAAUAUAUCAAUGAUUAAUAAAAAUAUAAUUUCCGGCCGAAAGUACAGUAUUAUCCUGAGCUUUAGGCUCUAUAUUUGAUAAUCAUUGUAUUUAAAAAAUAAAACACUUCUCUGUCUACUAUUAAUAAAAGAAAAUAAUGAAUAAUAAUAACAAUAAUGAUAAUGAUAAAUGAUGAUUAAGUAAAACAGUGCAAUUUGUGAUUUUCUGCUUUGCGUCCUAUUGCUCUAAAAUUCAUCGAGAGCUUUUUUUAUCAAAAAAAAAAUUUUAUGUCGAACGGUGCUUCAUGAUAGAAUUAAUUAUGACAUUUACUGAAUAAUUAUUAGACAAAAGAAAAUAAAAUUUAAUGAAAUUAUUCAAAAUUUUUCAGGGCUGAUAAUUAUUCAGUUAAUGUUUACUUCAAUUCUGGAGUGUGUGUUGGUCCAUUUGUUUGCGCAAAGGAAGUAAAAAUGAUUAAAAAAUAAAAUAAAAAAACGAAAAUGGCCAUUGUCGUAUUAUAAAUUUAAUUUCGUAGGAAUCAAUCUGUAAAACCAUUUAUAUUUGCAUAUGAUUAAUAUGUUUUAAUUAUAAA